AUGUCAUCGGUGACCCGCCCUCGGCGGGAGGCCGACUUUGCGCGCUUCCCGUCGUCCACCCCCAUCGUCAUCGACAACGGCGCUUCUACGUUCCGCAUCGGGUGGGCGGGCGAGGCGGAGCCGCGCCUUUCGUUCCGCAAUGUCGUGCAGAGGCCGCGCCACCGCAGCACUGGUGAAACUGUUUCAAUUGUUGGGGACACUGAUCCAUCUCUAAUGAAGUUCUUUGACUGCACAAGAUCAGCAGUUCGCUCUCCAUUUGAUGAUGAUGUUGUCUAUCAGUUCGAGUACAUGGAAUAUAUUCUUGACUAUGGCUUUGAUCGAUUAGGUGCCAAUUCAGAGGUGGGCCAUCCAAUUCUUAUGACAGAAUGUGAAUGUAAUCCGUCCUUUUCUCGAGCCCGAAUGUCAGAACUACUUUUCGAGACAUAUGGUGUACCAUCCAUUGCAUUUGGCAUCGACAACGCGUUUAGUUAUAAGUACAAUCAGAAACUUGGAAACUGUAACGAAGACGGGCUGGCUAUUUCAUGUGAACAUGGAACUUGUCAUGUUGUUCCAUUUUUGAAAGGGCAGCCUGUGUUGGGGGCAUGCUGCAGAACCAAUGUUGGUGGAUUUCACAUUACUGAUUUUCUGAGGCAGCUUCUCUCUCUAAAAUAUCCCUAUCACAUGGCAAGUAUUACAUGGGAUAAGGCUGAAGAGCUGAAGAAGGAGCAUUGUUAUAUAGCUCUUGAUUAUAUGGCAGAGUUGCAGAUAUUUAAAAACAAUAAGGAAGAAGCUGAUGAGAAAAUGAGGUAUUGGCAGCUACCAUGGGUUCCCCCACCAAAGGACGAACCACCAUCUGAGGAAGAACUUGCAAGGAAAGCAGCUUUGAAGGAAAAGGCUAGUCAACGUUUGCGAGACAUGGCUGCUGCAAAGAGAUCUCAGAAGAUAGUGGAUCUAGAAAAGCAACUUUCCUAUUUGGAGGAAGUAAUGGAGCAACUUGAUGAAGCUGAGGAACAAGAAGCAACAUCUAUUCUAGGUAGAUCUGGAUAUCUUUCCCAGCAGGAAAUCAAAUCUGCCAUUUUGAAAGCAACACAAUCCCUAAGGAAAGCAAAAGGGGAGUCCAAUGGCAACGAUGAGAAAACAGAUGCCUCAGCAGCUGAUAAGUAUCCACUUGUAUCUGUCCCUGAUGAGACGCUGACGCCAGAACAGUUAAAGGAAAAGAAGAAACAGAUAUUACUUAAAACCACAACAGAGGGCAAAUUGCGUGCUAAGCAGAAACGUGCUGAAGAGGAGGCUUUGCGGGAGAAACAAGAAGAAAAGAGGCGUGCGGAGAACCCAGAGUUAUACCUUGAAGAGCUUCGGGCCCGAUAUUCAGAACUUUCUGAGAAAUUUGAGCAGAGGAAGUGA